CGGCAUUUAGAUCAGUUCCUGUUAGGUGCCGAGAGUUGACGUCCUUAUGGAAGUCUUUCAAGACCAGUAUUAGUCUGUGCCUCGAAACUAGUCUGCCAUCUGACCGGAAAAAAGAAAAGAUUCUCAAGCAACUUCAGGUUCUUCAUUUUUUCACACUCGCCAUGUUUACACCAUUUGAUUUUCAGCUUGCCGUUGAGCCUUACCUUAGUGCAUUAUUAAAAGAUACUCAGUUGUUGAUCAACGGUGACUAUCGCGAUCCCGAACAGAGGGUAAUUGUUGAAGAGCUGGAUUCUUUAACUCCUACUCGAACCGGCGUUGGGAAAUCAAGCAAAAAGUCUUCUAGAUUGUCUAGAAGAAGGGCGAACGAGACAUCGAAUAUCGAUCUAAGUGACUCCGAGGUGCGAGAAAGUAAUACUUAUCUGGAGAAGGCAAAACAUAAGAGGCCAGGUGCUUUAAAUGAAAUGGAGACUGAUAAAGGAUUAUGGGCUGACGUGGAACUGACCAUUUUCGGUCCGCAGUUUCCUCGAUGGCAGCGCGCAAGCUCUUCCUCCUCGUUGGAAUCGGGGGCAAGUUCAGAUACUGGAUUCAAUGGCGGUAGCGAAUACGCGGACUCAGCUGCCAGUGAUUCUGCUCCUGCCAAUCGUCUGGUCCUCAACGGGAACAUUCCGGGGAUUGCUUUCCUUCCACACAACACCACUGCUCAGACACUCCUUCAAGCAUUGAGAAAAGAUCUUGUUCAAAGUAUUUGGGCUCGUCUUCAGCUACUCACCGAAGAACUUCACAUUACGAGUGCCGAACUCGAAGUUCCCCGAAUGCUGUUACCACAGCGCGUGCUUAUCCGUCUCCCGGCAUGCCCAUUUCUGCCACUUUCGGAUUACAAGUUUUUGUCCGAAACUGCCGAAGAUGUGGUUGCUCGAUUGCACUACUUCUGUGUUCCUAUUGGAGUUAAAGGUGAUGGCGAUACCGGGGAUUCCGGAGUCGACAGUCCGUCUUCUUCUGUGGAAAGUUGUCUUGGUUACGGCGGCAUUGCAGACAUGGAUAUGGCGUCCUUGGGCAAAAGUGACAGCAACAGCGGUAGCGGCAACAACAAUAGACCACAGAUAUUCCCCUUAAACGAACGCAUUGAUGCUUCAUGCCUGGACACAUCGCUGGAAAAGAGUCCAGAGGGGAGCGCAGAUGACGAAAUCUCGGAAGCGGAGCUCAUGGAGACCGUGCAUCAAGGAACCGGAGCAUCAGUGUUGCGCAAUGCGCUUCACUUCACAAUCUCUCUGUCUCUGUGUCUUCAUUUGGGCAUUUGGUUUGUUCCCAAAGAAUCUAACUACCCCGGUGCAAAGAAACGCACACAGCUGUUUUGUUACUAA